AUCAGCAAACGCAGGAAUACAAGAAUUCCGAUUUUAGAGACGUGUUUAAUCUUUUCUCAAAUGUUUUUGUUCAUUGUGCCGCUGCUGUUUGUAGUUCAUCUGGAAUCCGGCUCUCUGCAGGAGGAUUAAACUGCUUUUAAAGAGUAAUGUUUUUGAGGUGAUGGAGCAGCACAAGAGGGACUCAUAAACGUGUUGUAGACGGAUCGCUGCGGUCGCUGUUGUUGUUUUCCUGUUUACCAAAAUGGACGUACAACGGUUCCAAGUGCUUCGUUUCUGCCUCCCUCAGAGUGUCAGUGACUCAGGGUUGUUCUACAGCCACAUCGCUGCCAGUGAACAGAGUAUCUGCCAGGCGCGGGCCUCAGUGAUGGUCUACGACGAUGCCAGUAAGAAGUGGGUGCCCAUCAAGCCCGGGCAGCAGGGCUUCAGCCGCAUCAACAUCUACCACAACACUGCCAACAACACCUUCAGAGUGGUGGGCGUCAAACUGCAGGACCAGCAGGUGGUGAUCAACUACUCCAUAGUGAAGGGUCUGAAGUACAAUCAGGCCACCCCGACCUUCCAUCAGUGGCGUGACGCCCGCCAGGUUUAUGGGCUGAACUUCGCCAGUAAGGAGGAGGCCACCACCUUCUCCAACGCCAUGCUGUUCGCCCUCAACGUCCUCAGCUCACCGGACAGUGGAGGUCCAGUCGUCCAGCGCCAAAAUGGACCCACCUCGGAAGAAAGCGAGGCACAAAGGAGGAUGAUGGAGCAGCACCAGAUGCAGGCGCACAAGGAGAGGGAGAGACGAACGUCAGGAUCAGUCGUUUCCACUCUCCAAUAUAAAGUGUCCACCCCUCCCAUCCACCCAGACACCCCUCCUGAGUACAGACAGUACAGAGCUAGCACACUGCCGCCCUCCUACGCCCGCGUGGCCUCCUCCUCUCCUCCCUCCUCUGCCUCCUCUCCCUCUCAGGAGAAAGAGUUGGGGGCAGCUAGGGACAGAGCCCAGCUCUCUUCCCAGCUCUCCACCUCGCUCGCCUCAGCCUUUUCCCCCGUCCAGUCAGGACUGGCCACCAUGGGCCGGCAAAUCCGUCAGAUCCCCCUCUCUCCUCCAACAGCCGCCCGCCACCUCCACCAUCAACAGCAGCAACAAGACAUGAUGCUCCCCCCUAAACACGGCACCUGGUCUGCCUCCCAGUUGCAGCAAAUGUACGCGCAGUUGCCCCCCUCCGCCUCCCCUCCAGUUAUGAUGGCCAUGCCUGUGAAGCAGGGUUUGCCCCAGCAGCCCUCCCUCCCUUUGGCUCACCCCCUGCCGCCCCUGAGCACAAGGAUGAAGCCCCCUCCCCUUGACCCAACCACCAUAGCAGGCCAUCACCAGUACCAGCACCCUCCCCACCCUCACUCCAACGGCCAGCCAGACGGCUCCUACUCUCCCCACUCUCAGCAUCUGCCCCUCACCCCGCAGUACUGCGAGGCGGUCCCCCUCCCUCCUCUUACAGGUCAGACAGCCCCAGGCCCCCCCCCCAGCCACCAGCCCCAAUACCCAUCCACCUUCCACCCUCAGCAGCAACUGCAUCCACAACAGCAGCAGCAGCAGCAGGUGUACCACCAGCAGCCCCCUUCCACCACUUCCUACUCCUCCUCCUCCUCCUCACCCCCCUCUUACACUGCCUUUCACUCUGAUGGGGGCUCGCCCAAGAAGACCCCCUCCCCCAUCCCCCAGCAGGCCCCCAUGGUCAGCAGCAGCCCCCCUGUCUCUGCAGGUCACCCUGCUAUGCUCUCUGUGGCGCCUCCACCUGCUGCAGUGCCAGCACCCAUGGCUGGUCCUCCAGCUCCACCACCGCCACCAGGUCCACCGCCCCCUAUGGCGGUGCCCCCACCAAUGCCCCCUCCACUGCCCACUUGUGGAGGGCCUCCUGGGGGUCCGCCUGGGGCCCAACUCCAACCCUCAGGACUCGCUGCAGCACUGGCCGGAGCCAAACUACGUAAAGUACAAAGGGAUGAGAGCAGUCCGCCUGGGUCUAGUGGCAAAAGUGAUUCCAACCGGUCUAGUGGUGGCAGCGGAGGAGGGGGAGAGGGACUGAUGCAGGAGAUGAAUGCCUUACUAGCUCGCAGGCGGAAAGCUUCAGAGAAACCUGAUGAAGACGACUGUGGCGGUAGAGGGCCCGGUCAUCAGAACUCAACAGAUGCUGUGAAGAAGCCAUGGGAACGAUCCAACUCUGCAGAAAAGUCCUCACUGGUGUCCAGAGUGAGACCCAUCGGCAGCACUAGUGAAUCAGACACAGAAUUUGACAGGAUGAAACAGGAAAUCUUGGAUGAAGUAGUACGAGAGUUGCAUAAAGUGAAAGAUGAAAUCAUUAAUGCCAUCAGACUAGAAAUCGGCAGAAUCGGUACAUCCUAAUCUCAUGUGGGCAGCAUUAGAGGAGAGCGAGAGGAGGAGCUGGAGGAGGAUGGACAUGCAGAUGCACAGACACGAGGACCCGGGAAAUGUUAUCUCAAUGUUUCUGUGACCUCGCGACUCCACGAUGCACGUUGCAGAGAUGUUGUGCCAACAUUUAAGUCUGCUGGACAGCGAAAAAUGAAAGAAAGAAACAGAGAAAGGGUUAAUGGGUCAGAGGAACAGAAGGAUGGAUUAAGAAAGUUUUAAAGGACUGAUGAACUCAAACCGAGGAUGAGAAAUAAAUUAAAAAGAUGAAUUGAGGGAUGGACGGACAAUAGUGCUGAGUCCAGUGUUGUGGUCCUCUCUGUGCACCUAAAGACUCAGUCAGCCCAGUGUUGCAACUCUUUGUUCUCUGUUCAGUCUUAAGAAGAAAAUAUUUUUGUUUUCUAAGUUUUUACUGUUUUAUUAUUUAAAAACUGUGGUGAUGAUGAUGAUGCUGUCGAUGACAAUGAGUAUUUUAUUGAUAUUAUAGAAGGAGAAAGGAAUCUUGCACACCAUUUACGUCAGCCUUUUAUAUUUUCUUUUAUGUUUUUUUUAUUUAGUUUAUCCCUAACUAUUUCAUAAUUACAAGCACAAUAUGGGCAUAAUGUUUCUGCAGAUUCACCUGCCCUUCGCUGGCAUAUUUAAAAAAGAAAAAAGAAGGUUUUCAUGACCUUUUUUCAUACUGGUUUUUUGUGUCUCACCUUGUCUCUCCAGAGAUUUUGGAAACAUGGUAUUGUUUAAGCCACAAUAAGCCACUUUAAAUCGUUCUGUCACAUCCGAAGCUAACAAAGGAGCAAUUGAUAUUUGGGUAAUUAAUCAAAUAACACACAAUAACAAGUCUGCUGUACAACUCCAGUGUGACCGAGGUACAAGUUUCUCUCUAUUUGUCCAGAGACGAGAUUGUGAAACUUGGGGAUCAUUCACCAAACAGGCCGAUAACUGUAAAUGUGCCACCUAGUUUUACCUAGAUAUACUCAAUGUAGUUCUACCUAUUAGCCAUCCUAUUCUUUGUGAACCUCCCAAUUAUGCAUGAAACCCCCAUCUCUAUGAAUUAGUUUUUUAUUUGGUUUGGAAAACGAAAAAAAUACAAACGGUGGUACAUUUAUGAGAGUGGUUUGUUUCCAUGAAGAUUCCCCUUUCUAUAUACGAGAUGUUGAACUUCAUAAUGGUAGCAAUGUGAAAACAAUUUAAAAAGGGGGGGGGGGGUUGUUCUUGCAAUAUGCAAAUCUAACCUAGAUAAGAAUGUGCAGAAAGUGAAUGGUAGGCCUAUGUGAUGGUAGCUAAAUGUGUCUUUGAAGGAAGGAUCUGGUUGAAUAUUGGUUGUUGCAUUCUAUCCACUCUGUCCGCUCUCAACUACGUUCUGAUUUAAAAGCUGAAAGUAAAUUCAUUCAAACAAAAACAA